AUGAGUUUUUCAUUAAAAUCUGCAUCCAUCACCCCCGGGGUGACGAUGAUGAAAUCGAAAUCUCCUCUCAAACGAGGAAGAGUUUCCUCCGCUUCGAAGAAGUCUUUCGUCGUGAAAGCUUCAGGAGACACCAUGGUCUCCAUCGACGAACUCACGGAAACCACGCGAAAAGCGAUCAAAACCUACGGGUACGACGAAAAAGCCACCGAAUGCAUUUUGGAUAUUUUGAUGUACGCCCAACUGCGUGGGAACAACCAAGGGAUUAUCAAAGUGACGACGAACGGCAUCGCGCGAGACCCGGAGGCGACGCCGAUCAAAAUCACCGAACCGGUGCCUUUAUCGGCUGCAAUCGAUGGCGGUAACAACCACGGGAUGAUUGUUUUGGACAAAGCGGCGGAGAUUGCGAUCGAGAAGUGCAAGCAACACGGGGUCGGGGUCGUCGGGACGAACCACACGUUUACGAGUACCGGGGCGUUGGGGUACUACGCGAAGAAGAUUGGCGAGCAAGGCAUGGUUGGGAUUGUCUUGGCGCAAUCGCCGGAGUUUGUGGCGCCGGCUGGGGCGAAGCAAGCGAUUUUUGGGACCAACCCAAUCGGAUGCUCGAUCCCGAGGAAAGGCGGCGAGCCGAUGACUUUGGACAUGGCGACUUCGGCGUACGCCUUCUUCGGGUUGUUGGAAGCCAAGACGAGUGGUAAACCGUUACCUCCGAACGUUGCACAAGACAAGGACGGGAACAUGACCACGGAUGCGAACGCCGCGUUGGAUGGUGGGGCGAUCAUGACCUUUGAUUGCGGGUACAAGUCUAGCAACUUGUCCUUGUGCAUCGAGUUGUUAGCCGGUCCGUUGGUCGGCGCCGCGUACAACGAUAAGAAGGCGGCGAAGAACUGGGGUAACUUGGUGUUCGCCAUUGACCCGAAGAUCUUGGGUAACGACGAUUUCUUAGAGCAAAGCGCGUUCGUGAUGGAGCGCGUGAAGAACGCGGAGAGGAAGGAAGGCGUGAGUUCGAUCAACUUGCCGGGCGAAAGAGGCGACGCGUUGGCCGCCGAAAACAAGAAGAAAGGGACGAUCGGCGUCGAGCCGAACUUGUGGAAGGGGUUGCAAGAAUACGCGGCGAAGUACGACCCGAAAGCGGAAGUGUUCCCGAUCGAGUGGGCGUAA